AAAAAGUCUAUUGUAUAAUACUGGUUGUCAAUGAUUUAACUUUAUAGAUUUUUCUGAUCUAUAUAGUAAUACAAACAAAACUUUACUAUGGCUAAAAAGGAAAAGAAGAAGCCAAAUAAAAAUGAAUCAAAUCCAGAAUCUGAUGCUCCAGAAAAGGUUGAUCCACGAGUUUUGAAAAUCGGAGAAUUGCAUGACUUAAUAAAAACAAACAAAAGAGAACAAAGAUCAAAAACAGCCAUGAUGCAAAAGCUAACACUGCCAUUAAAAAGGAUCAACAGUCUUCCCUCAAUUCAUGCUUCCCUUCCAAUUGUUCACACUUUAUUUCCUGGAUCUAAAAGUGUUAACUUGGGGUUUGAGCCUCCAGUACCGGAUAUACCAAAUGCAGAGGUUUUUUUGGAUGAAGUGCCAACUGCUGAUCUGCUGAAAAAAUUUAAGGCUAUGACCCCACCUCCAGCAGUACGCCCAGCGUUAUCAUUUAUGGGCGAGAACGUGGACAAAACUGACUUAGGAUUAUUAGAUGUUGUAGCAAAGCAGGACAGUCACACUUUCUUGGAGCAGAGAGUUGGAAAAGAAAAUUUUGAAGCUAUAAUAAAAAAUGAGGAACUUUUUGAGGAUGUUUUAAAGAGUAAUCGGAAGUGGACCAGAGCUUUCAAAUGUAAAAUUUGCUUAAUUCUUCUACUUUUGCUUGUUGCAAUAAUAGCAGGUUCAGGGUAUUACUUAUCCACAUUACAAGCCCCUGUUCCAACACCAUUUCCUAACACAACUGUUAUGACUACCACUGAACAUGUAUUGCAAACUGUUCCAGUAAACCCAUCGCAAGACCCAUUUACUUACUUACCUCGCCCAAAGUCAUAUCAGCUUUUUUGUCCUUUCAUCGAAGGCAUAUUUUCCUGCAACAAGUUUGGCGACAUUGCAAGUUUACCAAAUGGAGAUACCACAUCCCAGCAUGUGAUAAAUAGACUGUACAGUAUUUACGGGUUCGGGGUUAGGGAUGCAAUGACUAACUUGGGUUUUCCUAUUGGAAAUGUUCUUAUACUUUCAAGUAAAAUUUUCAAUGACAGAAUUGAGAUCUUUUUAUCAACAUUCUUUUUGCCCCGAAGUGUGGCAACACUUAAUUGGUAUGGUAUUGAUUUUGUAAAUGAGGGCAAAUCUAUAAAAAAUCAGACCUACAUAUUCAUUGAAAGGUUGCUUCUUCCACGGCUGGUUAAAGCACAUCUUGAGUGUACAGUCGAUUACGAAAAACUUCUUGAUUGCGGAACGUAUUACAAAGUUAUUGGACAGCUGUAUAAGAAAUAUGUAGAACCUGAAAAACCAGAGGAAAUUAGUGAAGAUGUAAAAGGAAUAAUUGCUCGUUACUAUAACAGUUGACAGGCCUAAUUACCCACUGAGGAUCAUAGUUAUUGACUGAUAGUGUUUAAGUUAUGGUCUGAGAAUUCUAAUACUACAGUAUGUACAGUGCUAUCAAUAUUAAUUUUUUUGGAUGUAACAAUUAUACAUUGAAUAGUUGAAAUAAAGUUCCAUGAUGUUGAUAUAUAGAGAUAUUAGACUAUUGACAAAAUUUAGUAUACAGUAGUAUACAGCAUUUAGUAUAUAGCCCCCACUUAAUAUACAGAGCGCGCGCUUAGCAUGCGCGAGGUACCGGGAUUGAUGCCCGGCACCUCCAUGCUCUUCUUUUAA